AUGCUGUUUAUAGACUUCAGCUCCACAUUCAACACUAUUGUCCCCACGGCUGCAAGACAAAUUCAGCAAAUAAGAAGGACCUAUUUCAGAAAAAUAAUGCGAAUGGAGAUCGGAUGGUUUGACUGCAACUCUGUUGGUGAACUGAACACAAGGAUAUCAGAUGAUAUCAACAAGAUCAACAAUGCCAUCGCUGACCAGAUGUCUAUCUUCAUUGAGAGGAUAUCUACAUCUGUAUUUGGCUUCAUGGUUGGAUUCAUUGGCGGAUGGAAGCUGACUUUGGUGGUCAUAGCAGUGAGUCCACUGAUAGGAGUAGGUGCUGGACUUAUAGCCAUGGCUCUGGCUCAGCUGACAGGACGAGAACUAAAGGCCUAUGCAAAGGCAGGAGCAGUGGCUGACGAGGUCCUGUCAUCCAUCAGAACGGUAGCAGCGUUUGGUGGGCAGGAAAAAGAAGCUGAGAGAUAUGAUGGAAAUCUUGAGGAAGCUCAGGUCUGGGGUGUGAAAAAGGGCAUGAUCAUGGGCGUUUUUCAUGGAUACCUGUGGUCCAUCAUUUUCCUUUGUUAUGCUUUGCUUCAGAUAUGGAAAAUUGAAUGCAUUCUUAUACUCUAUAUAUGCCUUUGA